AUGUCGUCGUGGGUUGUCUCCACCACCGAGUUGUGCGAUUGUGGUAACAAAGGCUCCAAAGCCUCGUCCUCAUCCCAACGGCACACGCGUCUGAUCCUGCUGGUGUGGCAGAAUCUCACCGAGAAGUGCCACAAAUUCGGAAGUUUUCUCCGCCGCGAAACGAAUAAGCCGCUGCCCAAAGAACUGAGGCGAUCGUUACGUCUUAACAAAUCGGCCCGCCGGAAAGGCUAUCGGAGUUGCGAGAGCGAGGCAGAUAAACGGCUGAUAACAGAGCGUUUAAACGAACCCGUCAACAUAUCCAUUCGCAUGGGACCUGCCUACGACUAUAGGCCAUCGAAUUUCUGAUCGAUCGGGAAUAUUACAUAAGGAUAUAGUUCUUCGAAUUUCGUAGCUCUGCUAACUGCUGACAUAGCUUAAGAUGUAAUGUUACUGCUAAGUUGCCAAUGUAAACUGUUAUUAAAAGUUUUUACGCAGCCUUACACGAAUGUCGUAAGCUCUGCAACAGCUGAUGAAAUCAAAGAGCUUUACAAAGCGACGAAAGCUCUGUGUUACUCUUAAAGACACACAUGAGUUCUCUUGAGCUCUACUCUUACUACGCCCACACAAAAGUUUAUUGCCACAACAAGUGGACGUGACUUUGUGC